GAGAGACAGAGACAGUUAGAGAAAGAAGGGGACUCAGACACUCAGACAGAUAUGACCAAGACAGCAGCUCUAGCAACCAUGGACUUCUGCAAUAUGUGGGUAGAAGAAAUCAGGAUGUCAAAGCCAGUUGAGGUUGAGAACACAGUGGCUGACUCUCCAAUGGAGAGCACAGAUUCAGAGCGGAAUGGUCCUGACUCAAAUCAUCAGCUUCAGCAGAUGAAAAUCAGUCCCUUUCACCUUUCUCCAACCCUCAGCAGCAACAAGAAUAAGAUGGAAGAGUGUGGUGAGAUGUCCCCGGGCCCUGCUCCCCACCACAGCCACGCCCCCUCACAGACGCCCCUCCCACACACACAGCUCAUGCUGACCGGCUCCCAACUGGCAGGGUUGACAGCUCUCUUGCCAGCUCAGCAGCAGUUGUUACUGCAGCAGGCUCAGGCUCAGCUUCUAGCUGCAGCUGUGCAGCAGUCUGUUCAGCAGUCCAACGCAGCUCACGCAGCUCACGCAGCUCAUGCAGCCCACGCAGCCGCCCAAGCCAAUCAGCAAGCUCAGGCAGCCGCAGCAGCCAAUCAACAUGCCCAGCAGCAGGCGGGACAGACAGGGCAGCAGGGCAAAUCACAGCCCCAGGGACAGAGCACACAGGAACAGACAGGUCAACCUGUCCCUGUCCCGCCCACUCAUCCUCAGCUCACCCUCUCUCAGCCAAUUCAGCUCACCGCCCAGGACAUCCAGCAGUUGUUGCAGCUGCAGCAGUUGGUUCUGGUGCCAGGACACCACCUGCAGUCUCCUCAGUUCCUCCUCCAACAGCACCAAGGGCAGCAAGGACUACUAUCAACACCAAAUCUGAUUCAGCUACCUCAGCAAAACCAAGGGAGCCUCCUGUCCACUCCCAGGCUGGGGCUCCAAGCACAGAGAGAUAAGGCUAUGGAGGGCAGUGGGGUCAUGACCUCUGUGUCCUCUGUGACCCCUCACCCCGAGGAGCCCAGUGACCUUGAGGAACUGGAGGUGUUCGCCCGCACCUUCAAACAGAGACGCAUCAAACUGGGCUUUACACAGGGUGACGUGGGAAUGGCCAUGGGGAAGCUAUAUGGUAAUGAUUUCAGCCAGACCACCAUCUCUCGCUUCGAGGCCCUCAACCUGAGCUUUAAGAACAUGUGCAAACUCAAACCACUACUGGAGAAGUGGCUCAAUGAUGCAGAGACCAUGUCCACAGACAGUACUAUGCCCAGCCCCAGCUCUAUGUCCUCUUCCUCAAUGGGCUUCGAGGGCCUGCCGGGCCGACGCAGGAAGAAAAGAACCAGCAUCGAGACUAACGUCCGCGUGGCGCUGGAGAGAGCCUUCAUCACGCAGAACCAGAAGCCUACCUCAGAGGAGAUCCUGUGUAUCGCGGACCAGCUCAGCAUGGAGAAGGAGGUGAUCCGCGUGUGGUUCUGCAACCGCCGACAGAAAGAGAAGCGUAUCAACCCCAACAGUGCCACCCCUCCCUUGCCCAGCCAGCCCCCCCAAGCCCCACCGACGCACAAACCCCCCUGCUACAGCCCACACAUGAUGUCCAGUCAGCUGUCCAGUCAGCUGUCCAGUCAGAUGUCCAGUCAGCUGUCCAGUCAGCUGUCCAAUCAGCUGUCCCAGGCAGUGACCAGCCUCAGCACCACAUUGACCACAAUGUCAUCGUUCUCCCCUCUGAUCCCCAGUGGUCCCACCCACUCAUCUCUUAGCUCCGCCUCCUCCCCAGUGACUCCUCCUCCUCCUCGCAGCACAGCCAGCCCAGCCACUCCCAGCCACAGCACACUGAGUCUCAACACAGGCUUAUGGCGUUUGGGUAAAAAGAAUGGUGACGUGUCUAACUACAUCACCGAUUUUGCUGCAAACUUGAGGAACACUGUGAUGGGAGUAAACACAGGGAACCAGGCUCUGAACCAAGCUCUCCUCAGCAACAACCCUUUGGCUACUAUACAAGCCCUAGCAGCCAGUGGUGGCCAGCUGCCCCUUUCCAGUCUUGAGGGAGGCAGUAAGGUGUUGCUGGGUGGUGCAGGGGGGCAGGGAGGGGGUCUCCAGUCCUCCUUUUUCCUCAACCACCCCGCUUUCCUCCACAUGGGCCACAAUCCUGGUGCUGGAUUGGUCAGCGCUGCCGUAGCCAAAGCAUCCCAGCCCUCCCCUUUCCCCUCCACUAGUAGCAUAAGCCCCACCCCCUGCUCCCCCUCCCCUUGCUCCAGCCCCGCCUCUUCCUGCGACUUCGAUGAAUUGGCGCACAGCCCAUCCUCAUUGGGAGGGGCUAAGAUUGAGUGACACAGCCAAGUGCCAAUCAGAGAGGAGGAGGAGAAAGGAGGAAACGACAACCUCGCCUUUCAACCAAAGCAAUCUCUUUUAUCACUCUCGCCCUACACUCUCUCUCUAUUUCCCCCAGUCUUUCGAUGCCAAAAAUACACAGAAUGAAAGAGAGUAGAGGGGGGUCAUAAGUGAAAAGGGGGAGAAGAGGGGAAAGAGGAAGAUUGAAACCAAAAAUCUUUAUCUAUCCAAAGUGAUGGAGGAGGCAUCGUGGGACUGUUUAGUCAAUACUGAGCGAUAUCGCACCUCUCCUUUCUGUCUCUCUUUCUUCCCCAGGAAAAUAAACCAAUGACAAAUAACAGGAGUAGAGAUGUGUCGAAUCGCGUGAACCAAAAAUGACAAAAAUAAACAUUACUGUGUGUUUUGGGGGAAUGGUGGCAAGGACAGAAAAAAGAAGUGGAUGAUUUUCUUUGAAAAGCUGCAGGUCUGAAAGAGGAGGAGAUGGGAGGAGGAUUUUAAACCAAAAAUGUACCUGAGGAGGAGAAGAGGAACGCACGAUGACAAAAAUCAACAACCAUACCAAAAUCCCAGAAACCAAAAAUACGGAAGGAAAAGCUUUAUCCAAACGACUUGUACAUACUGAUCCUAUCCAGGACCAGGACUCUGCCACACACACACACACACACACGAUAUCCAGAGCCGAUCACAUUCAUCUAUCCAUCUGAUUAGUCAUCCACCCUUCAUGUCUGUCAUAGUCUGUCACUCACUUUCACUGCAGUUCUAUUGUUUCUGUGGGAUAUUUUAGAUUGUUAUAAAUGGUUGAUACUGAACGAGCCAAGCUUACAGGUGUAUAGUUUGUGUUUUCCUACCACUGCUUAUUUAAGUAUCAUAUCCUAUCUCCCCCUUGCUUUCCAAUAGUUGGAGUCUGUCAUCGUCAUCAAUAUCAUCAUCGUGUGCCAUUUACUUCAUGUUGUCAGAGAUAAUAAGAGACAAGAGGGAACAAGAGAUCAGGCUGAGUGUAGCAGUUUCCAGCCUUGAUAAAAACCUCUCUCUCUCCGUAAUUACUCACAACAAAAUGACUCACUUGAUGAAAUAAUAUUAGACUUAGACUCAAUGUAGUCCUUGUGAAUGGCCAAUCCACCAUGAUGACAGUAUGAAAUUGAGCGUGAUUGGAGAUUUAACCUAGUAACAUUUUGAGGCAAGAAAUAGGUAAUUUGAUAAAAAUGUUAGUUUAGUCAUGGACAGGUCUGUCUUACGUUGUCAAUCAGUCAUCUGUCUCGACAUGCAGUAGAGAAAACAGAGAUCAAAACCUGUUUAAUGUUUAAUAUACGUUGUUUUUAUUGUUCAUCAUCCCUCCAUCCAUCCCAUUUUCACUGUCAUUUUCCACCCAAAUCUGCCAUUAUUCCACGUUUAAACCAAAGCAUUUGUUACUCUUCAGAGGAGUCAGCCAUGACAUUAACACUCACAUACUGUAGGGGUUGGUGACACACCCUACCCCUCCCGCCCAACCCCCCUAGUUGACCCCUUCCAUCUCCUUAUGCCCGAGAGGGUCACUUCAAAAGGACAGAACCCUCACCCAACAUAAAAGGGGUGCAUACGGGGAGGGGAUCGGAUGGUGUGAUGGGAUCAAACAUACAGAAAGAGGGGAUGUUUUUAAGAGGAUACCAAAAAUACAAACCAAAAAUGUCAGAAACAAACCAAAAAGAAACACAACCAAAUAUGGAUGGGGGGGGUGAGGGGUGAGGGGAGGAGGACAAAUGUGUUUUUACAGACUGGAGCUGACACCUCUGUCUGUUAUCCAACUAACUGGGCUUCAGUGGCCCUCUCUAAACUGUGUAGCACAGAUGGACAGAUGUAUGGAUAGAUUGAUGGAUAGAUAGGACAGAUUUCCUCCCUCCCCCUGUCUUUCUUUCUCUCCAAACUCAGCUCUUCUUCUCUGGUCCUGGAUGGAGAAAUCUCUAAUGACCUCAUUGAACUGAAUCUUCAAACUCAGCUCUUCUUCUCUGGUCCUGGAUGGAGAAAUCUCUAAUGACCUCAUUGAACUGAAUCUUCUAAGUCCGUGUUUUACAUGUUUCUGUUUGUUGCUUUAUUUUGUAUUUGAUUUGUUUGCUGUGUCUCUUGAUGCUGUUUAUGUGCUGUUCUUUACUCAUUUGGGAUAAUAACGUAUUCACUUACUACAACAGCUCCUUAUUUUUUCCUAGUUGUUCUAGAGAUUUUAUCAGGUGGUUGGAAAAAUACUGUGAAAAUUUUGCUUCCAGAUUUUUAUUAGAUAAAAUAAAACUGACUGUCUUGGCAGAAAAAAAGACAGAAAAAGUCCAAAACAAGAGUUGAAAAGCAAAACGUGCAAACCAAACACCAAAUACCAAACACCAAAUACCGAACACCAAAUACCAAACCAAAUACCAAACCAAAUACCAAACCAAACCAAAUACCAAACCAAACACCAAAUACCAAACACCAAACCAAACACCAAAUACCAAAUACCAAAUCAAACACCAAAUACCAAACCAAACCAAACAUCAGAUACCAAACCAAAUACCAAACCAAACCAAACAUCAGAUACCAAACCAAAUACCAAACACCAAACCAAACACCAAAUACCAAAUCAAACACCAAAUACCAAACCAAACCAAACAUCAGAUACCAAACCAAAUACCAAACCAAACCAAAUACCUAACCAAACCAAAAAGGCAGGAUAAAACUAGAGAUGGUUCAACUGCCGUCCCUGCCUUUGCAUUAGGGCUCACACUUAUGAUUGUGUCAAUUUAUCUGAAGUGUGUGCGUAUGUGCGUUGUGUGAGGGUGUGAUAGUGUGUGUGUGUGUACACGCGUUAUAGAAAGAAUUCAGUGGAGUUUACAAAGAUGUUCUCUCUUGCACGUUUACCCCCGUUAUCACAAACACACUCGUACUUUACACACACACACAUACACACUUACUGUAUACACACACACACACAUACUUCAGCAAAAAUUUACAGUAGAGUUUAAAAUGCAUCCAAAGAGUAUUUGGUUUGACACAGAAAUACAGCUGUGGAGGUUCUAACCACGAGGUGAAACCUUUCCUCAACAUGAACUCUUAGACGGAAUGUAUCUGUUAGUGCUUCUAUAGAUUUUGUAGAAAAAAAGAUCUGUGUCCUAAUGCUUACUUAUUGCUGAUGUAUUGAGAAACAUACAAAAAAUAUCUUAAAAACAUUGAUGAUAAUGACUUGAUUUUAGACCAAAAAUGUUACUCUCUCUUGAUAAAUAUAUGGUUUAUUUUUCUUUGUCGAAUCAUUUAGGACUUUUGAUUGAUUGUACUAUUUAUUCAUCUUAAAUUUGAUUGAUUUCUUCUAACUAUUUAUUUGUUAUUUAUUUAUUCUAGAGUCUUUUUACAGGGGAUAUAUUUUGGGGUAUAUAUUUAUAAUAUAUAUUAUGUGGCUGUGACCAAAAAUCCUGCUGGAAGUACCUUCUCACCUCUUCAAACCAGAAUCAUGCAACCACAGGUCUCACGGGGCCUAGGAGAACAUGGUCAUGUUUGGCCACAGACUUACUGCGACUACUCUUAAGGGGUGGGGGUGAGCUCACCGAGACUCUUUUCAAAUGGAUGGGGUGAGCUUACAGGGGGCAGCACUGUGUCUACUUCAGUACGACCCCCUAACAGCGUUUUCUCAGGCAUCACAGGGCAGGGAAAGGUCAUGGGAAUAGGAACGUCAGCUUCAUAUGUCAAUUUGAGCAAUUCAAUGUUUUCAGGUGUUGCAUGCUGUCUUUCCUAAAUAUGGGGUUAAUUGUCCUAACGAUAAUGAUAUUACUAGUGAUGUCCUUAUUGUAUGAUUGAUGAGUAAUGACUGGUGAGAUGAGAGGGACAGAGCAUCUGAGUGUUUCUGGCUUUAUGUGCGGUCUUGUGAUGUUGUGUUUACUUGAAGUGGGGAUAGGGAGCCUCAGUAGGGUUCUCUACAGCCUUACUACAGUCCAGGAUUGUUACUAGAGACCCACACCCAGGUGGGAUCAAACCAGUCAUGAGUGAAACUUUUAAAACAUUGUAUUAAUAAAUCUCAAAGCUUUAGAACUGGAGUUUGCUCCCAUUACGAUGUAUACCAUAUACUUUGGACGGAUCAGGUUAGAGGGAUUAUAUCCCGGAUGUACACGUAGUCAGCGCUGCCUAUAAGAUAGUAUAAUGUAUGUUUGAAUAUAGCCCAACGGUUCUGGAAGAGAGCUCCGCUGACAGGGAUGGUCAGGCAGGCAGAUUGUUCUUCAAGAUACAGUGCUGUUCCCUCACAACCUCUCCUCUCCUCAUGAGAAAUACACUGAAAGCUUUAAACAGCUACCAAACCAAAAAACUAGUUAGAAGAUGCAUUGACUGGGGUAAAGGAACGUGACAGAGGGACUUGUUUUCUUUUCUUUCUGUUUUGACUUUUCUUAAUGUUGGUAGGUUUUGUUUCCCACAUCUACUGUAGGAUGUUAAAGAGAGAUAUACCUAAUAUACUCUGAUGAUAAACCAAAUAGAUGAAAGCUUUUUUUUUAAAAGCGGGGUUCGUGUGGGGAUCGGGGGUGUGACUGUGUGUACGUGUGUGUGUGAGUGUGACCAUGGAUGGCCAGAGCGAGGUUUGGGUCCGGCAGAGUUCAAAGGUAAAUAAUGGGGUCAGAGGUCACAUUUCCUGUGCCCCAUCCUAAUCAGGAGACAUUUUGGGUAGCAAGUUGUAUGCCAGCCCUCUCGCUGUGGUUCCCAGUCCACUCCCCCACACACCUCCCUCUCCGUCUGGUCUGAAGAACAACCCCCCGCUCUGUACAGCCCUCUCUCCAUCCCCCUCUCCCCUACUGCUCCCUCCCUGCUGAAACAAAACACUCUCCAAGUAUAAGUUUUCUAUAGGCACAGAUAUAGGAUCAGCUUACCUUCCUCCAAAUCCUAAUCUUAAUUAACCAUUGAGGGCACAUAACACUGGCCUUAGGUCAGUGUCUAUGGAGCAACUUUUUCCUACUCCUUAACACAAAGCUUUAUUACAGGGGCUAGCCUCUGGGUACCCAGCGUCUUUAGGUUAUUGACUGGAUGUUGUGUCCUUCAGAGAUGUGUGUGGCAGCGAGCGCAGGAGGGUAGGUGACUGGGGAAGGGCUGAGACUGUGGUUGCUAGGUGACGCAUGCAUACACUCCCCCAAGGUGGAAGUCCCUAUUUCUCCCUUGCUCUUUCCUUCUGUAAUGAGGUGUAGAUCAGUUUAGGUCCUCUACAUCCUGGUAGGAUGCUUCUGUGGAUCUCAGGGUCUUAGGGAUCACAUGUAAAGUGUAAGUCCUUUCAGUAGGGAUACCCCCACAAGAGAAUGAUACCAAAGUUUAUGCCCUACUGUUGGAUACGGCACCAUGCACUCACUCCCUAAAACCCUGCUGUUUACCCGUGUCUGCACUGUUGGAGCUAGGAACAUAAGCAUUUCGCUACACCCGCGAUAACAUCUGCAAAACAUGUGUACGCGACCAAUAAAAUGUGAUUUGUCCAUUCAGAGACUACACCUCUCCUAUAGACUGAGUAGUCACCUGGCCAUAGGUGCAGAUCUAGGAUCUGUUAACCUUUCCCUAAUCAUAACUAUUAGUGUAGGCAGAACACAAAACUGACCUUAGAUCAGCACCUAGAGGCAACAAAUCCUACUACUACUACUAUAGCCUGGGUCAACAUUAUCGCAGCAGAGUUUAGUCUGGAAGAACAUCUCUCCAGACUUUUUUGGCAUUAACCAUUUUGUACAUUUUACAGUCUGAACAUCACAACAUUGAUUCAGUUCAUGGAUUAAUUCCUUGUAGUCUCAGCGAAGCACCUCAGCAACUGUGUCAAACGAGAAACAACUCGUUUGACACAGCAACUGUAGGAAUUGAUAUUGCAACCUGGACUCAGGGAUAGACGUAACAUAGUAAAAGUAAAUCUGGGACAGUGAAAUUAGUAUGAUAUGUUACGUUUGUUAUGAGACCAGGUUGGAAUUGAUUUCAAUUGGAGCAGAAUAAGCAAUGAUUGACAGUUUACUGAUAGAUGACAGAACAUCGUGUAGAUGUCAAGGCAGGAGAAAGCAACGGGGGACAAAAAGACAAUAGCAAAGAAAACAAAAAAGAGGAUGACUGAUAUUCCUCGUACCUACUCACUUCCACACUCCCUCUCUUUCAUCCUUUCUUCUGUCUUCAUUCUCUCUAUUGUACAAUACAGCUUCAGUCCAAAGUUCCUUAAGCAAGACAGCAAAGUCCGAUCGUACAGAAUAAAACCAAAGAGUUCGACAUUCCUCCUCUCUUUCACAGACAGCCACUGCAUCCCUCUUUCUUUCUCUCCUUUCUGUCUAUUCAUCUCUUUUCUGCUCCAACCCCGUCACCUAGUAAUCCAGUUUCUGACCUCAGCUAUCCUAAGGGAAAUAUCAAAGAUGAUAAUAAUGAUGAUAAAAAUGUAUAUUUUUAAUUAUGUCAUUUGAAAAUUACAUUAAGCUUCUCGUAAAUAUGACGAUGAUGACGAUGAAGACAAUAAUGACGUUUCUCUUGGUAUCUCUGUAGUUGUUCUGAUCCUUUUUGAGUUUUGUCCUUUUCACUCGUGCUGCCAGAGUAAUUCUGAUGAUCCCAUGAUCCUCUCUGAGUUUGUUGACCCUGUCCUUUUAGUUCUGUCUGUCUCUUACCACUGUCUGUCUAUCUGUCUGUAUUCCUGUCUGUCUGUAUUCCAUGUCGCUCUCUGUGUUUGUUGGGCAGAGGGAAAGCUACAUGUUACAACUGAAAAUAUGAUGUGUAUGUGGGAGAAUUCUGUACGAGGCGUUAUGGAGAGUUUUUCCAGGGAAUUACAGACUUCUUUGGAAGUGAUGGUGGUUUGGGAGGAGGGGUUAAUAAACGGAGGGAGGAGGGAAAACGGUCAUAACUGCUAUAACUGUUCUGUGGAAAUGAAAACCCAAGAUGUGUGUGUGUGUGUGUGCUUGUGCGCACCUCAAACUGUAUCUAAUCUGUUAGAUAAGCAACAGGUUUGUAAACAUUGGCUUGAUUGGUGAUUUACUGUUAGUCAACAUGUAGUUAAUUUCCCUCUGUCCGACCUUCAACCUUUGUUGUCUGUUUCCCUAUCUGUUCUAGUGUGUGUGUGUGUGUGGUGUGUGUGUGUGUGUGCUCAUCCUGCCUCCUGUGAGCAGUCCUCUUUUCUCUCCCUUCUCUGUCUCUCCCUCCCUUCUUCAUUGUGGUAGCAACUUAGCCUUUUACUGUGUUUAUUAUCUUUAAAACAAAAACAAAAAAAAUAUCUCUGCUUGUUCAUAGUACAGUGUUGUUCAUUUAAAGUCAUUUUUGUAACUGAAAGUGUUUAAUUCAUCUAAAUAAAAACAGGAGACAAAAACUGUA